CCACUCCAAGCCUCCACCCGCUCCCAUGGCAGCAGCGGGAGCUCGGCGAACAGUGCUUCCGCUUCCGGCGGCCAGACGGCGGCAGGGCCCGGCCACGCUUAGGCCGCGGCGGACUGUGGGGUGCGGUGGUGGAGGCCUGCGCCGGGCAGGAGCAGAGGCUGAUAUGCGGCCGCCGCCGCUGCCCUGGCUGCUGGCGGGGCUGCUGCUAGCCGCCCGUUGCGGGGAGGCUGCGGCGGAGGCCCUUCACCUCCGGAGUGCCAACAUCGCCUCCCCGCUCCCCACCGAGGUGGCCGGCGGGGCCGCCACACGCAGCAGCAGCAGCAGUCGCCUGGCCGAGGUGUCGGGGCCGCCCGAGCAGCGCCAGCCCAUGACCCAGCGCGCUCUGUCCGUGCUGGUGCUGGCCAGCGCCGCCCUCAUCGUCUACUUCGUAAUCCGGACCGUGCGGAUCAGAAGGCGAAGCAGAAAAACCCGAAGGUACGGCGUUUUGGAUACAAACAUAGAAAACAUGGAGCUAACCCCAUUAGAGCAAGAUGAUGAUGAUGAUGAUACAACACUAUUUGAUGCCAAUCAUCCUCCAAGUUGGAAAAGGGAUGUCAAGAUCACUUGGAUUUUAAAUGGGCAGGAAUUUAGUGGGAAGAAGAUAAACACCAUUUGUCUUCAGCAUGUGAGUUCCAGAGAAGUGGAGGGGGAAAGAAGUACGUGCCUUUCAGUGAAGGAACUUAAUCUUAGAACCAGAGAAGGAGACUGCUUCAUGCAAGGAAUAAGAAGCAAGAGGGUAUGCAAACUGGGGGGACUAAUUUAAUUUGUAUAUAUUAUGGCAUCCUAAUCUGUUGCAAUAAACACUGUACCAAUUUGUUGUACCUUUUUGUAUAUAAAGGAUUCUAAAUGUAAAGCCUACAGAGGGAGAGUGCACUGAAAUGAAAACCUAUUUGGAAGGGAGAUUACUUUUAAAACAGGGUAUUUUUUUUCUGGUUUCAAAUCUUGUAUGCCAUAAGUGUGGUAUACACUUUUUCUACAGUUACCUGGAAUGUUGACAUAUUUUUUUUGCUGAUAUUAAAUUUUAAGUUAACAUAGCAUCUGUGGACUCCUCAGAAUUGUUAGAACUUGAUAUUAGUUCAGGAGGUGCUUUAUCCUUUACAAAUAAAAAGGCAAACUACU